GGGGAUAGCAGAGCGGCGGCGGUGACGACGGCCAUCUUAGAGCUACCGUGGUAACCGACACUCAUCUUCUGGAUUUUAUCUUUCUUGUUGGGAGAAACAUUCCGCCUUACUGACGAGGGAAGAAGAAGGUUGUUUUUUACUUCGCCGCGGUUGAACUCGAAGUCGGGAUGCGGUUCCGAGGGAAUACACAAUUUGCAUCCGCUGUCGGACUGGUCCUCGGACUAUUAUGUGCGGUGGAGGCAGCUAAAGUCAAUAAGCACAAACCAUGGAUCGAGACGACGUACCACGGGAUCAUAACGGAAAACGAUGACAAAGUACUUCUGGACCCUCCUCUAAUUGCACUGGAUAAGGAUGCUCCUCUACGCUACGCAGAGAGUUUUGAGGUGACCCUCACUGAAGAAGGUGAGAUUUGCGGCUUCAGGAUCCACGGGCAGAAUGUCCCCUUCGAGGCAGUGGUCCUGGACAAGUCCACUGGCGAGGGGGUCAUCCGUGCCAAGGACAAGCUGGACUGCGAGCUGCAGAAGGAGCACACCUUCACCAUCCAAGCCUAUGACUGUGGAGAGGGUCCUGAUGGCGCCAACAUGAAGAAAUCGCACAAGGCCACUGUCCACAUCCAGGUGAACGACAUCAAUGAGUAUUCACCAGUGUUCAAGGAGAAGUCUUACAAAGCCACCGUUAUUGAGGGAAAGAAGUAUGACAGCAUCCUGAAGGUGGAGGCAGUGGACGCAGACUGCUCUUUCCAAUUCAGCCAAAUCUGCAACUACGAGAUCGUCACCCCUGAUGUGCCCUUCACCGUCGACAAAGAUGGCUUCAUCAAGAACACAGAGAAACUGAGCUACGGCAAAGAGCGCAUGUACAAGCUGACUGUGACCGCCUACGACUGUGGCAAGAACCGUGCCUCCGAGGACGUUCUGGUCAAGAUCAGCGUCAAGCCCACCUGCAAACCCAGCUGGCAAGGCUUCAAUAAGAGGAUUGAAUACGAGCCUGGCACAGGUAGCCUGGCCCUCUUCCCCAGCAUGCACUUAGAGACCUGCGAUGAGCCAAUCACCUCUAUCCGAGCCAACAUUGAACUGGAAACUAACCAUAUUGGGAAGGGCUGUGACCGUGAUACCUACUCUGAGAAGUCCCUGCACAAGCUGUGCGGAGCCAGCUCUGGCACCGUGGAGCUCCUGCCUGCACCCAGCAGCUCCUCCAACUGGACAGUAGGGCUGCCCACCGAUAACGGCCAUGACAGCGACCAGGUGUUUGAGUUCAACGGCACCCAGGCCAUCAAGGUUCCUGACGGCAUGGUGAGCACCAGCCUGAAGGAGCCCUUCACCAUCUCUGUGUGGAUGAGACAUGGCCCCGGGGCCCAUGACAAGGAGACCAUCCUCUGCAACUCUGACAAGACAGAGAUGAACAGACACCACUACUCGCUGUACGUCCACAACUGCAGGCUGAUCCUCCUCCUCCGCCAGGAUCCAUCUGAGGCCGAGAACUACAAACCAGCCGAGUUCCACUGGAAACUCGACCAGGCGUGUGACAAAGAGUGGCAUCACUAUGUACUGAAUGUGGAAUUCCCCACUGUGUCUCUGUUUGUGGAUGGAACUACCUUUGAGCCUUUCCUGGUCACAGAGGAUUACCCACUGCACUCGUCCAAGAUCGAAACUCAGCUCACCAUUGGUGCCUGCUGGCAAGACAACUCAGGACAUGACAAUGACACUGAGUCAGUCUCUGAGCCCACCUCAGGUGCAAAUGCUCGAAUGGCUCAGUUUUUCCGGGGGAACCUUGCGGGGCUGAUGAUCCGCUCUGGCAAGCUGGAGAACAAGAAGGUGAUCGACUGUCUGUACACCUGCAAGGAAGGACUGGACGUGCAGCUGCCUGAAGAGGUAGCUUCAGCUGUCAAGGUUGAGUUCAACCCCAACCAGUCCUCUCUGACCGUAGAGGGUGAUGACAUCGAUGCCUUUGACAAGGUCAUGCAGCACAUCUCCUACUUGAACUCCCGCCAGUUCCCCACUCCCGGCAUCAGGCACCUUCGCAUUUCCACCACCGUCAAAUGCUUCAACGAGGAGUCCUGUGUAACCGUGCCAGACGCCGAAGGUUAUGUGAUGGUGCUGCAGCCUGAAGAGCCCAAAAUCAGUCUGAGCGGCAUUGACCACUUUGCCCGCAGCGCCGCUGAAUUCGAGAGCCAGGAAGGUGUGACGCUGUUCCCCGAGCUGCGCAUCGUGAGCACCAUCACCCGUGAAGUUGAGGCCGACACUGAGUCUGAAGCCGCAGAGGGAGCCGAUGAUGACCCCACGGUCCAAGAGACUGUAGUGUCAGAGGAGAUCAUGCACAACCUGGACACAUGCGAAGUGGGCGUGGUGGGAGACGAGCUGGACGGGGAGCAUGAGGGCCUGGAGGUGGACAUGUCCCAGCUGCAGCAGCACGGCCUGGAGAUGAGCUCCUCUAACCUGGGCCUCGUCAUCACCGGUGUCAACACCAUGGCCAACUACGAGCAGGUCCUUCAUCUUAUCCGUUACAAGAACUGGCACACCGAGGCUCUCUUUGACAGGAAAUUCAAACUGGUCUGCUCCGAACUCAACGGCCGCUACAUCAGCAAUGACUUCAAGGUCGAGGUGAAUGUAAUCCACACAGCCAAUCCUGUGGAGCACGCCAACAACGCCAUGGUGCAGCCCAACUUUAUUAACCCUGUGCAUCAUGCCUCUGUGGAUCUGUCUGGUCACAACCUGGUCAACGCUCACCAGGCCUCAGUUGUUCCCAGUGCCGCCACCAUUGUCAUCGUGGUGUGCGUCAGCUUCCUGGUGUUUAUGAUCAUCCUGGGCGUGUUCCGCAUCCGAGCUGCACACCAGCGCACCAUGAGAGAUCAGGAGAACGGCAAGGAGAACGAGAUGGACUGGGACGACUCAGCCCUCACCAUCACCGUCAACCCCAUGGAGACGUACGAGGACCAGCACAGCAGCGAGGAGGAGGAGGAAGAGGAGGAGGAGAGCGAGGACGGAGAGGAGGAAGAUGACAUCACGAGUGCUGAGUCAGAGAGCAGCGAAGACGAGGAGGGCGGGGAGCCGGAGGACCAGCAGGGGGCCAGCAGACAGCAGCAGCUGGAGUGGGACGACUCCACCCUCACCUACUAAAACAGCACACACACACACACACACAUAACACAAAAG